AUGACUGUCCCCCAAGAUGAGGGAGACUUGCUGUACUUUGUGGGGCACGGACACGAUGUUCUCAUUCGCAACCCUGAAAACCCCGACGAGGCCCACCUCAUCACAUGCGACCAGCUCAAACUGUUCGUAGCCUACUCUCACAUCCUUCGUAACAAAGGACCUCGCUCCCGUCCCCCCGGCCCUCUGGGGUACGAGUUCUUUGCGCAGGCCUUCAACAGCGAGGGCCUGCACUCAUCAGCCUCGUACUUAGACGAGCACGGCACCGUCGUUAGCGCCGGCUCCUCAAUUGAGGCAUUGGAUAUCAUUGGGGACGACAAUAAAGACGAUACCACUGUUUCCUCCACUCGCAUGGCACAAAUGGAGAAGAUGGUCUGGCACACGGCAUUGAGUGCCACCCAUCAGCGAGAGAAGAUGGAGAUGCGUCGGGCAGGACAGCGAAAGGAGAAGAACUUUGGGCGCAAGCAGGCGCAGAAGUUACAAAAGAAGGGAUUGGGGAGGAUUCGGAAGGAGACCAACCUGCCCACUACAUACCCCGUCGUGGGUACAUCUUCUGGCCCAGUCAUCGAAGAGACCAUGGCCACUGAGGACUGA